UUUUGUUUUGUUUGUUUGCUUUACCUACGUUUAAGCACUAGUCUUCUACGGCUAUCUUUUCGAAAGGAUAAAUGGGAUUUCUCUCUUCAUCUUGAGAAAAUUGCCCAGUUGCUGGGCAAACAAUACUAACAUUUUGCAAAACCUUGAAGUGUAACAACUUACUCCCAGUUUUGGCAUAUUCUUGAAGCAGGGUAUUUGACUUCAGAAAGUUAAAAUGUCACUUGUUAAUUUCAGACAAUUUUCCAAAUCAAGAUUUGGUAAUUGUGACGAGUUCUUGCUCAUUCUAGUUCUUAAUCUGGCUCACUUUACAGUUGAGGACACUGAAGCCCAGGGAAAUUUACUUGUCUGUGUAGCUCUUUUCCAGUAUGUAGGUUUUCUGAAUAAUUUCUACUAGAAUAUCCUUGUUCUCAUUGCUAGUGUGAGUUUAGGCUGAUAAAGAUAUAUUUGGAAGAAAUUUACAGGUUUUGGAAGGACACUUGUAGUAUUGACUUACUGUCUGAAUUUAGCCUGGGUAACGGAAAACGACCUGUAAAACGAGAACCAAGUACACUGGAAGCCACCUUGCGGUGAGCAAGACUGAGUUUGGCUUCAGCUGUGCAACUUGGAGCAUUUUAGCUUGCUAACAUUGAUCCCCACUUAGGUGAGUAUUGGCCCUGCAAAUUUGGAUUCACAGGAGAAAUUGUAAUGUUGCUGCUAGUAAGGUAAAACCAAGUGCCCUGGACCAAAACUUGAAACAGUACCCAGAAAAUGCCAUAAAAUCAAAGUCCAGACUUUAUGAGGGGUUUCAAAGGAUGUUCAAUGGAGAAGACUUGGAAAUCAAUUUUGUUAAACUGGAUUUUGGGUUUUCUUGAGGUAAUGUAUCAUCUAGGGAGUAAGGAAGUUUGGGAGAAGUUAAUGGCUUAAGUUCUAGAAAGCGGCUCUGGGAUUUGGUAAUAUUGCUCAUUCUAGGCUUUGCAAAAGCUCUGUAGCGGAGCAUGAAUAGGCGUUUCAUCUGUAUCACCCAGAGGUGGUUUUUUUUUUUUUUUUUGUUCUUGUUUUUUUGUUUUUAGUUUUAAAUUCUGUAUUAACGGUUGUUUUCUUUCCAGACUGCAAAAUUCAAAAUGGGGCUCAAGGUAUUCGUUUCAUCUACACCAGAGAAGGCAGACCGAGUGGCGAGGCUUUUGUUGAACUUGAAUCAGAAGAUGAAGUCAAAUUGGCCCUGAAAAAAGACAGAGAAACUAUGGGACACAGAUAUGUUGAAGGUUUGAUUUAUGUUGCCCUAGUAACAGUAAAUAAAAACAUUAAACACAUAGAGCUCUAUCUUACCCCUUCUGAAUUUUAGGUAUUUGACCGCAUGGAAAUGGUCAUCUAAGGGAGUUUAUGGCAGCUCUUCCUAGAUUAUCUAAAGACCCAGGAAGUCUGAACUUCAUUCUCUGACUUUCCAAAAUUGACUAAUUCUAAGCACCUCUUUCAGUAUUCAAGUCAAACAACGUUGAAAUGGAUUGGGUGUUGAAGCAUACUGGUCCAAAUAGUCCUGACACGGCCAAUGAUGGCUUUGUACGGCUUAGAGGACUCCCCUUUGGAUGUAGCAAGGAAGAAAUUGUUCAGUUCUUCUCAGGUAUAUCGAAAUCUUUAAGAGCAGUCGAGCUGAAGUUAGAACUCACUAUGAUCCACCACGAAAGCUUAUGGCCAUGCAGCGGCCAGGUCCCUAUGACAGACCUGGAGCUGGCAGAGGGUAUAACAGCAUUGGCAGGGGAGCUGGCUUUGAACGGAUGAGACGUGGUGCUUAUGGAGGAGGUUAUGGAGGCUAUGAUGAUUAUAAUGGAUAUAAUGAUGGCUAUGGAUUUGGGUCAGAUAGAUUUGGAAGAGACCUCAAUUAUUGUUUUUCAGGAAUGUCUGAUCACAGAUAUGGGGAUGGUGGCUCUACUUUCCAGAGCACAACAGGACAUUGUGUACACAUGCGGGGAUUACCUUACAGAGCUACUGAGAACGACAUUUAUAAUUUCUUUUCACCGCUGAACCCUGUGAGAGUACACAUUGAAAUUGGUCCUGAUGGCAGAGUAACUGGUGAAGCAGACGUCGAGUUUGCAACUCAUGAAGAUGCUGUGGCAGCUAUGUCAAAAGACAAAGCAAAUAUGCAACACAGAUAUGUAGAACUCUUCUUGAAUUCUACAGCAGGAGCAAGCGGUGGUGCUUACGAACACAGAUAUGUAGAACUCUUCUUGAAUUCUACAGCAGGAGCAAGCGGUGGUGCUUAUGGUAGCCAAAUGAUGGGAGGCAUGGGCUUGUCAAACCAGUCCAGUUAUGGUGGCCCAGCCAGUCAGCAGCUGAGUGGUGGUUAUGGAGGCGGCUAUGGCGGCCAGAGCAGCAUGAGUGGAUAUGGCAGCCAAGGAGCAGUGAACAGCAGCUACUACAGUAGUGGAAGCCGUGCAUCUAUGGGAGUGAACGGAAUGGGAGGGAUGUCUAGCAUGUCCAGUAUGAGUGGUGGAUGGGGAAUGUAAUUGAUCCUGAUCACAGACUCUUGGUCAACAUUUUUUAAAGAAAAAAGUUUAACAGUUUUGCAAUACAAGCUUGUGAUUUAUGCUUACUCUAAGUGGAAAUCAGGAUUGUUUUAAAGACUUAAGGUUCAGUAUUUUUGAACACAAACUUUCAUCUAGGAUGUAACAACCGAGUAAACUAUAACUGUUAAACAAUUUUCAGCUUUUCUCUAGUUAUAUAGUAGGAUGUACUUAAGCAGUAAGUGUAUUUAGGUUAAAGCAGUUGAAUUAUGUUAAAUGUUGCUCUUAUACCACAUUACAUUGAACACUGUUUGGAUGCAUGUUGAAAGACAUGCCUUUUUUUUGUAAAACUCAAUAUAGGAGCUGUGUCUACAUUUAAAAGUGAAAACAUUUGGCAUGUUUGUUAAUUCUAGUUUCAUUUAAUAACCUCUCUAAGGCACGUAAGUUUAAGUUUUUUUUUUUUUUUUUUUUUUAAGUUAAUGGAAAUUUGAGACGCAAUACCAAUACUUUAGGAUUUUGGUCUUGGUGUUUGUAUGAAAUUCUGAGGCCUUGAUUUAAAUCUUUCAUUGUAUUGUGAUUUCCUUUUAGGUGUAUUGCGCUAAGUGAAACUUGUCAAAUAAAUCUUCCUUUUAAAAACUGCA